AUGGCCGGCGCCGCGCCUCACGUCAUGGUGCUGCCGUUCCCGGCGCAGGGCCACGUCACGCCCUUCAUGGAGCUGUCGCACCGCCUCGUCGACCGCGGCUUUCAGGUCACCUUCGUCUGCACCGAGCUCAUCCACGGGCUCCUCCUCGACACCGGCACCACCGGCGACGCGCUGUGCGGCAUCCGCCUCGUCUCCAUACCGGACGGCCUGGCCGACCGCGACGACCGCAGGGACCUCUGCAAGUUCGUGGGCGGGAUCACGCGGUACAUGCCGGGCUACGUGGUGGACCUCAUCAGGGAGACGGAGGCGUCCGGAGAGAGCAAGGUGAAGUGGCUCAUCGCCGACGUCAACUUGGGGUUCUGCUUCCAGGGCGCCAAGAACCUCGGCGUCCGGGUGGCUGCCGUCUGGCCGGCGGCUGGCGGGAGUCUGGCGACGUGGUUCACGAUUCCCAAGAUGAUAGAGGAUGGCUUCAUUGAUGACAAGGGCGUGGCAAAGCGACAGGAGAAGUACGAGAUCGCCCCGAAUAUGCCGCCGGUCUGCCCGUCGCGCAUGCCAUGGUUGAUCGACGGCCCACCGGAGGGGCAGCAGGAAGUCUUCCAGCUGGUGGUCUAUGAUAACGCGAAGGCGACCAGCCUCGCCGAGAUGCUCGUGUGCAACUCGUUCCUCGACGCCGAGACUGCGGCGUUCGGGCUGUUCCCGGAGAUACUGCCCAUCGGCCCGCUGUUCGCCGACAAGGAGCUCCGGAAGCCCGUCGGGCAGUUCUGGCCGGAAGACGUCAGCUGCUUGGAGUGGCUCGACGCGCAGUCCGAAGGCUCCGUUGUGUACGUGGCGUUCGGCAGCUUCACCAUCUUCGACCCGCGGCAGUUCAGAGAGCUCGCCGAGGGGCUGGAGCUCACCGGCCGGCCGUUCCUGUGGGUGGUGCGCCCGGACUUCACCUCCGACGUCCUCGGCAAGGCGUGGUUCGACGAGUUCCAGAGCCGCAUCGCCGGCAAGGGCAUGAUCGUCAGCUGGUGCCCCCAACAGCAGGUUCUGGCGCAUCCCGCCGUGGCGUGCUUCAUGUCGCACUGCGGGUGGAACUCGACGAUGGAGGCGGUGAGGAACGGCGUGCCGAUCCUGUGCUGGCCCUACUUCGCCGACCAGUUCACGAACCGGAGCUACAUCUGCGACAUCUGGAGGACCGGCUUGGCCGUGACGCUCGGAGAUGGAGUCGUGACGAAGGAGGAGGUGAAGAGCAAACUUGAGCAGGUCAUCGGCGACGAGGGAAUCGCGGAGAGGGUAGGGAUGCUCAGGGAUGCGGCUCGUAUGAGCAUUAACGAGGGCGGGUCAUCGUACAAGAAUUUCCAGAGAUUUGUUACCCUCCUAAACGAGUGA